AAGGCCUUUCUGCCUCACCCGCCCCCACCUCCACCAAGGCGCGCCCCUCCCCCAGCUAAAGGAAUGGUCGCCCAGCUCCUGCACCGCACCCCCUGACCCCAAGGCACGAGGUGCGGCCUUGCCGCACGUUCCCGGAGCAGAGGGCAACACAAUUGUCCCCCUGUCCUCCUGAUCCAUGCACAGGAAGAUCCACGCUCCGCAGCGGCCCCCCAAGCCUCCCUGCAACACCCGGUAAUGCAAUCCACGGGGGCGGGGGAGGCGGCGGCAACGGCGGCGGCGGCGGCGGCGGCAGCAGCAGCAGCAGCACUGCCCCAAUCUAGAGACAACCAGAGACGAGGAAAAUGGCUCCGAGUAGGGACCGCCUGCUGCACUUUGGGUUCAAGGCGACAAUGUUCUCAAAUAGUGAUGAAGCUGCAAUUAAUAAAAAACUUCCCAAAGAACUCCUAUUACGGAUAUUUUCUUUUCUGGAUGUUGUUACCUUGUGUCGCUGUGCUCAGGUCUCCAGGGCCUGGAAUGUUCUGGCUCUGGAUGGCAGUAACUGGCAGCGAAUUGACCUGUUUGAUUUCCAGAGGGAUAUCGAGGGCCGGGUAGUGGAGAAUAUUUCAAAAAGGUGUGGGGGCUUUUUACGAAAGUUAAGUCUUCGUGGUUGUCUCGGAGUAGGAGACAAUGCAUUAAGGACCUUUGCACAAAACUGUAGGAACAUUGAAGUACUGAAUCUCAAUGGGUGUACAAAGACUACAGAUGCUACAUGUACUAGCCUUAGCAAGUUCUGUUCCAAACUCAGGCACCUUGACUUGGCUUCCUGUACAUCAAUAACAAACAUGUCUCUAAAAGCUCUGAGUGAGGGAUGUCCACUGUUGGAGCAAUUAAACAUUUCCUGGUGUGACCAAGUAACCAAGGAUGGUAUCCAAGCACUAGUGAGAGGCUGUGGAGGUCUUAAAGCCUUAUUCUUAAAAGGCUGCACACAGCUAGAAGAUGAAGCUCUCAAGUACAUAGGUGCACACUGUCCUGAACUGGUGACUCUGAACUUGCAGACUUGCUUACAAAUCACAGAUGAAGGUCUCAUUACUAUAUGCAGAGGGUGUCAUAAGUUACAGUCCCUCUGUGCCUCUGGCUGCUCCAACAUCACAGACGCCAUCCUGAACGCUUUAGGCCAGAACUGCCCACGGCUUAGAAUAUUAGAAGUGGCAAGGUGUUCUCAACUAACAGAUGUAGGCUUUACCACUCUGGCCAGGAAUUGCCAUGAGCUUGAAAAGAUGGACCUGGAAGAGUGUGUUCAGAUAACAGAUAGCACAUUAAUCCAACUUUCUAUACACUGUCCUCGACUUCAAGUAUUGAGUCUGUCUCACUGUGAGCUGAUCACAGACGAUGGAAUUCGUCACCUGGGGAACGGGGCCUGCGCCCAUGACCAGCUGGAGGUGAUUGAACUGGACAACUGCCCCCUAAUUACAGAUGCAUCCCUGGAGCACUUGAAGAGCUGUCACAGCCUUGAGCGGAUAGAACUCUAUGACUGCCAGCAAAUCACACGGGCUGGAAUCAAGAGACUCAGGUCAUGUUUCUGUCUUGUUUCAGACCCAUUUACCCAAUAUUAAAGUCCACGCCUACUUCGCACCUGUCACUCCACCCCCAUCAGUAGGGGGCAGCAGACAGCGCUUCUGCAGAUGCUGCAUCAUCCUAUGACCAUGGAGGUGGUCAACCUCGGUGAACUGAGUAUUUAAUGACACUUCUAGAGUUACCAUGGAUCUCCAUUGGAAGUGACCCCAGUGUUCCGGGCAAAGGUUACAAAGUGAGGGCAGCGUCCAGAUCCCCAGAGCCACACAUACAUACACAUACCGGCUCUCACCCCCACCCACUCUGUCUCUGUGACCAGGGGAUUGGGUUUGUGCUGGCUUUAUCAUGUGGAUUGGUAAAACUUAACCAUUCCUGUUGGAUGUGCCCAGAAGAAAAUCAGAAGCAAGGUAGACGGAAGGGGGCAUUCCAGCAAACCCAGUGUUACUGCUACUGUGGUUUCUUUAUUUUGUUAAGGGGUUUCUUUGGCAAUUUUGGAACAGCAGCUGCAGUCCUCCAGGGUCAAGGAAAGCAUAGAAAAACAAUACAUGUUGUAUCCAGGGACCAGAGAGAAGAUUUCUUUGCAUCCUGUAAAUGGUAGCCAUCCAUUGUAAGAUGACUACAGAGCUUCUGUGCUUCCUUGUUCCCAUGCCAACAUGCUGAGCAUGCUCACAAAGAAGGCUUGUCCAUUCCUCCUCCUGUGUUUUAGUAUUUGGCCCAGAGGUUUCCUAAAUGGUUGCAUUGAAAUCGCUGUGGUCCCAAAGUGAUGACUUAUUCACUCAAAUUGUCACUUUCUGUAGCACACUGUGUACCUGUCUUUCAUUCUCUGUUGCUCCCUCCUGCAC